AUGAAAAGCUUUUUAUCAGGUGUAGGGAAAUUGUUUGGAGGCAAAUAAAAAGAUUAAAUUAGAAUUUUUGUCACUUAAGAUAAUGUAAAAUCAAUAAUAUAUGGCAAGGAAGGAGAUAAUUUAAUGGAAAUAACUAUGCCUGCUGUCGAUUAAAAACUUCACUUAUUUGGAAUUUGUAACAAAGAGCUGAGUUGCACUUCAUGUAGUGUGCAUAUAAAAUCUAAAUUAAACUGUUUCAACGCUCCUUAAGAUAAAGAAUUGGAUGUGCUUUAUGGGCUUAAUGAUUAUAGAGAUGGGGAAACAAGAAUGUCAUGCUAAAUAUUUUUGACUAAAGAAAUGAAUGAUAUGGAAAUAGAAAUUGCUACAGAAAACAAAUUUAUCUGA